GUUACUUUAUAUGAAAAGCCUUACAGAUUAUGCCGCCAUCUUCAUCAACCCUCGCAUCAUGCUUGGCGCUGGUGUUUGCUGCUGGCGCCGGAGCAACGCUAUGCUACCUUUACCUUGCAUGGUGGAAGCGGCAGGAGGAUGAAGUGCGAUCUGGCGUUUUGGGUCUCAUCGGCAACACGCCGCUUGUGCGUAUCGCCAGUCUUUCGGAAGAGACAGGCUGCGAGAUCCUGGCGAAGGCCGAGAUGCUCAACCCCGGAGGCAGCGUCAAGGACCGCGUAGCGCUGCAGGUGGUGAGCGAGGCGCUGUCGGAGGGGCGGCUGGCGCCGGGGGGCCUCAUCACGGAGGGGACGGCGGGCAGCACCGGAGUCAGCCUGGCCAUGGUGGCCGCAGCGCUGGGCUGCCGCUGCGCCAUCACCAUGCCGGACGACGCCGCCAUCGAGAAGGCCACCAUGAUCCAGGCGUACGGAGCUGCCGUACAGAGGGUACGACCCGUGUCCAUCGUACAUCCCGACCACCCCGUCAACGUGGCCCGGCGGGAAGCGGUGGCCACCCCGGGAGCGCUGUUUGCCGACCAGUUUGAGAACGAAGCCAACUACCGGGCACAUGUGAAGACGGGCGAGGAGAUCUGGCGUCAGACGGGCGGCCGGCUACAUGCCUUCGUGUCGGGUGCGGGCACGGGCGGCACCAUUGCUGGGGUGUCCCGCAGUCUCAAGGCGCGCGACCCACGGGUCCGUGUGUUCCUCAUUGACCCGCCGGGCAGCUCGCUGUUCAACAAGGUGAAGCGCGGCGUGAUGUACGCGCGCGAGGAGGCGGAGGGCAAGCGGCUGCGCAACCCCUUUGACACCAUCACGGAGGGCAUCGGCAUCAACCGCCUCACAGCCAACUUCAACCGGGCUCUCGUGGACGACGCGUUCCGGGGCUCCGACCGCGAGGCUGUGGAGAUGGCGUCCUACCUGCUCCGCAACGAGGGGCUGUGGGUGGGCUCCUCCGCCGCCAUGAACUGCGUGGGCGCAGUCAAGGCGGCGCGCGCACUGGGCCCCGGCCACGUGGUCGUGACGCUGCUGUGCGACGGCGGCCACCGCCAUCUGUCCAAGUUCCACAACCCAGAGUACCUGGCGCAGAUGGGCCUUACGCCGGUGGCGCAGGGGCGGUCACUGGACUUCGUGGAGUAGGAGAGGGGUG